ACCAUCCGCGCUUGGGGUUAUCUCGUCCUUCGGAUUUCUUUGCCCUCUCAAGCCUCGCUCCGAGCCACGAGGCUCGGAGUUCGGGAUAGGCCAUCCCAGGUUUGGUCCUUUAUAUACCCCCCACGGCGAGGAGAAGGUUAGCGUAGCUGCCGAGAGACUGGAGAGGGUGGUGCGACGAAGUUUGUGGCGGUAUCGGGGUAUCGAAGGCGAUGGCGGAGAACAAAGAGGAAUCGGUGGGGGAGUCGGUGAUGGAGAAGAUAAUGGAGAAGUUCCACGACGAUGACUCCUCGUCCUCGGACUCGGACAACGAGAAAUCGAAGCCGUCCUCCUCGCCUGUCAAGUCCCAGAUAUACCGCCUCUUCGGCAGGGAGAAGCCCGUCCACACCGUCUUGGGCGGCGGAACGCCUGCUGAUGUUUUCCUAUGGAGGAACAAGAAGAUCUCUGCCGGUGUGCUUGGUGGGGCCACGGCCAUCUGGGUCUUGUUCGAGUUGAUGGAAUACCAUUUGCUCGCUCUUGUCUGCCACUGCCUCAUUCUAUCGCUGGCGAUCUUGUUCCUUUGGUCCAAUGCGAGCACCUUCAUCCACAAGUCUCCGCCACGCAUUCCUGAGGUUAGCAUCCCUGAAGAUGUGGCUGUGAACGUUGCGCUUUCGCUGAGAUAUGAGAUCAACAGGGGUUUUACUGUUCUAAGGGACAUUGCAUCAGGACGUGAUCUGAAGAAGUUCCUCGUGGUGAUUGCUGGUUUGUGGGUCCUUUCAAUCGUUGGGAGUUGCUGCAAUUUCUUGACCUUGUUUUACAUAGCAUUUGUUACACUGCACACAGUGCCCGUUCUGUAUGAGAAGUAUGAGGACAAAGUUGACCCAUUUGCAGAGAAGGUGAUGACAGAAGUCAAGAAGCAUUAUGCAACGUUUCAUGCCAAGUGUUUGAGCAAGAUUCCAAGGGGGCCUCUGAAAGAGAAGAAGCACCAGUAGGUUCUGACAGUUAGUGACUAUCUAUGGAUUUUGAAGUGUUAAUGAGACUGUUUUCUCAUUUUUCUCUGAACUUCCUCUUUGAUGCCAAGUAUUUAUGAUAUGUAUCGUAAAUAUGUUUGCACUAUUUGCCGAAUGUGAGCAUCCUACUGUAUGCCAUUUCUGCUGGUGAUUUGAUUGCACUAUUUAUUUGAUCUGAUUAAGUUGAUGCUCCCUUUGUGAUU